AAUUACAGUUGGAAAGUAAAAACACAAAGAGAGGGUCGGAAAGAGUUGCUGGCAGGCAGGGGGUCUGAGAAGAGUUAGAGGGGAUGGGGGCAGAGAAGACAACCAGUUUGGAAAUACCUAUUCCAACAUGGGGAAAAGCUUUGCCCCUGAGUCUGGAUAAGUUUAGCAAGGAUUGCAGUACAUCAAUGAUUAAAGGCAUAGGUUUUAGGGUCAUUGUGGGACAUGGGCAAAUUAUUUAAUGUCUCUGAACCUCAACUUUCCUACAGAGUAAGAGGAAAACAUACUUAGUUUGUGAGAAUUCAAUGAGACAAUAUAAAGGACUUAACAUGUUUGUCACCCCUUCAGUAAAUAAUCUUGGCUAUUAACAGAGCUCUUAACAAAGGAAGUGGCUAGUGGGAAGCCAAUUCUGGGUGGGGUCCCCAGGCCGGCCAGGCUUACAUGUGAGCUUGGACAAGUCAUUUCCCCCAUCACCAAAAUGGAGCAGGGAUUCACCACAAGGACAUGGCAGGAUGGCCGACAAAAGUUCGGGAAGUGAGUGAGAAGAAAAGCUGGUUGGAUGCCCACUGCUAGAGGCAUCAUCUUGGCUGCCUCUCUGCAAUGUUUCAGUUCCAGCACCAUGUCUCUGAGCAGCGCCUUCAGGGCUGUGGGCAACGACCCCGGGAUCAUCACCUGGAGAAUAGAGAAAAUGGAGCUGGUGCUGGUGCCCUUGAGUGCCCAUGGCAACUUCUAUGAGGGGGACUGCUAUGUCGUCCUCUCGACCCGGAGAGUGGGCAGCCUCCUCUCUCAGGACAUCCACUUCUGGAUUGGGAAGAACUCCUCCCAGGAUGAGCAGAGCUGUGCAGCCAUCUACACCACACAACUGGAUGACUACCUGGGGGGCAGCCCUGUGCAGCACCGAGAGGUCCAGUACCACGAGUCUGACACCUUCCACGGCUACUUCAAGCAGGGCAUCAUCUACAAGAAAGGGGGUGUGGCCUCUGGGAUGAAGCACGUGGAGACCAACACCUACGAUGUGAAGCGGCUGCUACACGUGAAGGGGAAGAGAAACAUCAGGGCCACUGAGGUGGAAAUGAACUGGGACAGUUUUAACCGAGGUGAUGUCUUCUUGCUGGACCUCGGAAAGGCUAUCAUCCAAUGGAAUGGCCCAGACAGCAACCGUGGGGAGUGCCUGAAGGCUAUGCUUCUGGCAAAGGAUAUUCGGGACAGGGAGCGAGGGGGCCAUGCUGAACUAGGAGUGAUAGAGGGAGACAAGGAGGCCGCAAGCCCAGAGCUGAUGAAGGUGCUUCAGGACACCCUUGGACAACGCUCCAUUAUCAAGCCUGCGGUCCCUGAUGAGAUCAGAGAUCAACAGCAGAAAUCAAGUAUCAUGUUGUAUCAUGUCUCAGACUCGGCUGGGCAGCUGGCAGUCACAGAGAUAGCAACAAGGCCACUGGUCCAGGACUUACUGAACCAUGAUGACUGCUAUAUCCUGGACCAAAGUGGAACCAAGAUCUACGUGUGGAAAGGAAGAGGAGCCACAAAGGUUGAGAAACAGACAGCCAUCUCUAAAGCCCUGAACUUCAUCAUGAUGAAGGGCUACCCCAGCAGCACCAAUGUGGAAACUGUUAACGAUGGUGCCGAGUCAGCCAUGUUCACGCAGCUGUUUCAGAAGUGGUCAGUGAGGCAGCAGACGGUGGGCCUGGGGAGAACAUUCACCAUUGGUGAAACGGCUAAAGUUUUCCACGAUAAAUUUGAUGUGACGCUGCUUCAUGCCAAGCCAGCAGUAGCUGCCCAGGAAAGAAUGGUCGAUGAUGGCAAUGGAAAGGUGGAGGUUUGGAGAAUUGAAAAUCUGAAGCUGGUCCCUCUGGAGCAUCAGUGGUAUGGCUUCUUUUAUGGGGGAGACUGCUAUCUGGUUCUCUACACAUAUGAGGCGAUUGGGAAGCCAUGUUACGUCCUGUACAUCUGGCAGGGCCGCCACGCCUCACAAGAUGAGCUGGUGGCCUCAGCAUACCAGGCAGUAGAGUUGGAGCAGCAGUUGGACAGGGCCUCUGUCCAGGUUCGAGUUUCCAUGGGGAAAGAGCCACGUCACUUCAUGGCCAUCUUCAAAGGAAAGCUGGUGAUCUUUGAGGGUGGGACUUCCAGAAAGGGAAAUGUGGAGCCUGACCCCCCUGUAAGGCUCUUCCAGAUUCAAGGAAAUGACAUAUCUAACACCAAAGCAGUGGAGGUUCCAGCCUUUGCCUCCUCCCUAAACUCCAAUGAUGUCUUUCUGCUGCAGACCCAGGCAGAGCACUAUCUGUGGUUUGGCAAGGGCUGUAGUGGGGAUGAGCGGGCAAUGGCUAAGGAGCUGGCCGGACUUCUCUGUGAGGGCACUGAGGACACUGUGGCAGAGGGCCAGGAGCCAGCAGAGUUCUGGGACCUCCUGGGAGGGAAAACUCCCUAUGCCAAUGACAAGAGACUACAGCAGGAAAUCCUAGAUGUCCAGCCUCGCCUCUUUGAGUGCUCUAAUAAGACUGGCCGGUUCAUUGUCACUGAAAUCACAGACUUCACCCAAGAUGAUCUGAACCCAAGUGACAUGAUGCUCCUGGAUACCUGGGACCAGGUGUUCCUGUGGAUUGGAGUUGAGGCCAAUGCCGCAGAGAAGGGGAGUGCCCUCGCUAUGGCCCAGGAGUACUUGCAAACUCACCCCAGUGGCCGAGAUGUUGACAUACCAAUUGUCAUCGUUAAACAGGGGUUCGAGCCUCCCAUCUUCACUGGCUGGUUCUUGGCCUGGGACUCUCAUAUCUGGAGCGCAGGGAAAUCAUAUGAACAGUUGAAAGAGGAGCUGGGAGAUGCCACUGCUGUCACAAGAAUCAUGGCUGAUGUAAAGAAUGCAACUUUCUCCCUAAAUCCUGAGCCAAAAUAUUACUCUAUAGAAAUUCUGUUGAAAAAUCAGAAUCAGGAGCUGCCUGAGGAUGUGGACCCUGCCAAAAAAGAGAAUUACCUCUCUGAACAGGACUUUGUUUCUGUGUUUCGCAUCACAAGAGGGCAAUUUGCUGCUCUGCCUGGCUGGAAACAGCUCCAAAUGAAGAAAGAAAAGGGGCUUUUCUAAGGCAAGAAGGCAUAUGCCUAUGCAGGACCACAGAAGAGUACAGAAAGUACCUUAUCAGGAAAGAAUUUAUCAGCAAAUUUUUGCCUAACAGCCAGCUAUUUAAUUCAGAUACAAUAGGAUCUGCAAAUCACGGCAUGUUCUCUAUUUUCUGCAUUCCUACGUUGUUAUAUACCUAAAAUGUUAACUACUCAUUUUUUGAUGUUUGUGGCCUCAGCAGAAAGCACUAAACUGCAUGAAUCUGGAGAAGUCAAAAGAGAACCAAAAAGCUAAGUUUAAAGUAUACUAAUAAUGAAGUAAGGACCUAAGUUUGUUUUAAAUUUUAAGAUCGGUAUUUCUAAAACCUAUUUAGCCCACAAAUCACUUAAGUUAUUUGUGUAUGUAGCCAGAUCUGUAUGUGCCAGAGAUUUUGAACUUUUCAAAUAAAGAUACCUGUGUGAGCAAAUGAGCUCUCUUCAGUGUUCUGGGUCUGCCUGUUAAGGUAAAUGUUUUCUGUUACACUGGGAGGAAAGUCUCGGUUCUACCAAGUACAGGGGCACUGCUGAGUGAGCUAUGGGUAACUGGCCACUGUGAUUCCUGUUUCUGGCACAAGAAUGCCAAAAUCUGCCUUCCAGCUGUCCAGGAAGCCUCAGUCCCCACCCAUCCACACCCC